CGCCCUUCGGGCUGGCUGGGCCCUGAGCUCCCGGCCGUCCGCCGCAGCUGGCCUGUCCAAGAUGGAGGGCUCUCCGCCGACGCCGUGUGCCCUCCGGCUGCUCCUUCUCGCGGCGCUGCCGGCCGCCGGGUGGCUGACGACCGUUACCCAUGAGCUGCCCCUGCCGCCCCGAGCCCCGAAGGACAGCCUCAGAAUUAAUGUAACUACCUUGAAAGAUGAUGGGGAGGUGUCUACAGAACAGGUUAUUCUUAACGUAACCUACGAGGGUGGACAGGUAUAUGUAAAUGACUUGCCUGUCAAUAGUGGUGUCACCCGAAUAAGCUGUCAGACUUCGAUAGUGAAGAAUGAAAAUCUGGAAAAUUUGCAGGAAAAAGAAUAUUUUGGAAUUGUCAGUGUAAGGAUUUUAGUUCACGAGUGGCCUAUGACGUCUGGUUCCAGUUUGCAACUAAUUGUCAUUCAAGAAGAGGUAGUAGAGAUUGAUGGAAAACAAGCUCAACAGAAGGAAGUUACUGAAAUUGACAUUUUAGUUAAGAACCAGGGAAUUCUCAGGCACUCAAGCUACACCCUACCUUUGGAAGAAAGCAUGCUGUUUUCUCUUUCCCGAGACAGUGACGUUUUAUUUACCCUGCCUAACCUCUCCAGAAAAGGCGAGGGCGUCAGUGCGCUGCAGACCGCCAGCCAGUACCUCACCGGGAGUGUGGAGACCACCGCGGACGAAGGCGCUUUGCCGGGCAAGUUGCCUGAGACCCCUCUCAGAGGAGAGCCUCCGUCUUCAUAUAAGGUGAUGUGUCAGUGGAUGGAAAAGUUCAGAAAAGAUCUGUGUAGAUUCUGGAGCAGUGUUCUUCCUGUGUUCUUCAUGUUUCUGAACGUCAUGGUGGUUGGAAUUCUAGGAGCAGCUGUGGUAAUAACCGUGUUAAAGGUGCUUUUCCCAGUUUGUGAAUACAAAGGAAUUCUUCAAUUGGAUAAAGCAAAUACUGUAUCUGUGACAGCUAUCAACUUAUUUCCAGAUGAUACUGAGAAAAGAGAAAAAAACCUUGAAGAUAAAACAUGUGUCUAAAACACCAUCUCAAGUCAUGGACUCUGAAUUAGUCAUUUGGCUCUAAAUUUGCCACCUGAAUUUCGUUUAAAUCGUUAAGAAUCUGCUUAUACACCAGGGAAAUUGCUAAGCUCCUAAAACUGCCUAAAACUUGACCUUUAAAGUGACAUGUUAAAGUUCACCUUAUUCUAGAACAGGGCUGGCUAUUCAGAUGAUGAAUUGUUAAGAAAAAUCUAAAUGAAGUGGAAGAGAAGACGUGAAGAAACUUCCAAAUUACCAAAAAGAAACAAAAGGGCAAGACGAAACGCCACGUGCCAAUACUUUUCAAGGUGCCUUUGUAAAGGAUUUAUAUCCACUUAAUUACUAGAACAUGAGACUUCAUGAAAAGCACUUUAUGAAAUUCUAAUUUAAAAGCUCAAGAAUUUAACACUUAUUUUUUUAUUCAGUAAAAUGUGCCUUUAUAGUAAGUAUGUGACUCCAUAUAAAAUCACUGAAACCUAUCAUGAUUUGAUUGUAUCCUGUACCAAGACUACUUAGACCUUGAAUGCACGAGGAUUUAAAAAUAGUAGUGAUGUGUUCUCACCCCAAAAUAAACUUUUUUUGAGGAAAACAGUA